UACCCCACUCCCUCUCAAACAAUCUCACAGCACAUACCAUACACCUCAGCUAUCCUCCUUUCCCUGAUUCAUUGUCAAUUCUACUAUCCCACCACAAACGACCGCCCACCAUGGCCGAAGGACACCGCCACCACCUCUUCCACCACAAGAAGGAGGAAGAGCCACCUGUCGAGGCCCCCGCCUACUCCGAGACCGCCUACGGCAGUGGCCCGGAUAGCACUUAUGGCGACACCGCCUACGGUAGUGGCCCUGACAGCGCCAAGACCGCCUACGGUGGUGGCCCUGACAGCACUUAUGCCGAUACUGCCUACGGCAGCGGCCCUGACAGCACCAAGACCGCCUACGGCAGUGGCCCUGACAGCGCUUAUACCGACACCGCCUACGGCAGUGGUCCUGACAGCACCAAGACAGCCUACGGGAGUGGCGCUGACGGUGCUUACGGCGAGACCGCCUACGGUAGUGGCCCUGACAGCGGCAAGACUGCCUACGGCAGUGCUUAUGCCGAGACCACCGAGGUGAACACGGUCACGGAGCCUGAGGUCGAUUACAAGAAGGAGGAGAAGCACCACAAGCACCUCGAGGAACUCGGUGGGCUCGGUGCCGCAGCAGCCGGUGCUUAUGCCUUGUAUGAGAAGCAUGAGGCCAAGAAGGACCCAGAGCACGCCCACAGGCACAAGAUAGAGGAGGAAGUAGCCGCCGCCGCUGCCGUCGGGGCCGGCGGGUUCGCCUUCCAUGAGCACCACGAGAAGAAGGAGUCCAAGGAAGAAGAUGAAGAGGCUCAUGGCAAGAAGCACCACCAUCUCUUCUAAACCAUGGACGAAUCUCCGUCUCUCUCUUCUUGCUUUGCGUCUUGUUUAUGUAAUUUUUACUUCUCUAACCAAGUAUCGUACAAGUUACGAGACUGCCCUCCAUGGUCGUCGUACUUUUGCUGAGGGGCGGUUCUUGAAUCUUGGUUCUGCUGCUUGUUAAUGCUUCCCGAGAGAGUGGAGUAUGUGUGUGUAUUUGGGCUUUGUCUUGUACCAGCUGUAUCUUGGUGUCUAGUAACAUUAUAUUCUGA